ACAAGCUUCUGUUUGAACAGAUUCGCUCCAACAUCAUGGCAGCAAGUGCCAUCCUUCUGCUGCUGUUUGCGCUACUGGGGUUUGGCUCAGCUGAGGACUUUUAUGGAGAUAGUGUUAGUUUUGUUCAUCCGCACAAGGACCCUGAUGGAUAUUUUAAGGUAGCCUUUCAUCACAGACAGAAUGGCAGGAAUCAUUGUGGUUAUCCGUCAACGUAUACAUGCAUGGAGUGUAUGAGCUUGGACAACAGCAGCGUCAUGCAAACAGACCAGGACAACUCCGGCCAGGACAGGUGGUGUCAGUCUGAAGGACGUACAAUGGCCAAAGUCACCAUGAACGCUUCAUACAUUUCCCUAAGUAAUGCAGGUUGCUGCUGGGCAACGAACAACGAUGCAAAAACAAAUUGGACAGGCCAGGCCCAUUUGGACCUCAGUACUCGGUCUGACACCAAAGAUUUUAACAGCUGUCCUGUAACUACCACGGUUUCCUCACUAAGGGUGCGCCAGAACUGUUUUUCAGAGAUUCAUCUUUUGGCUUAUGAUCCAGAUGGAGAUAAUGUGAAGUGUCGCUUAGUUGCUGAUGUUGCAGUUCAUGCUAACAUUACUCUGAAUACGUCUACCUGCACACUGGACAAAACAGGGGAGGUCAGUGCUGGUGUCUAUGUGUUUGAGUUGAUGCUUGAGGACUUCCCCACAAAAAACCUUAAUUUAUCCUACGCAAAUGGAACUUCUACAUAUUGGGAGAGCUCUAAUGACAAUUCACCACCACUCUGCAGCCUAAAACUGCAGUUUCUAUUAGAAGUCCUCUCACCAUUGCCAGUCUGCGAACUUGGUCAUGUGCUGCCCAAAUACUUGUACCCUACACCCAAACAUGGCGACGUGCUUCAUGCCACGGUGGGACACACAUUCAUGCUUCAUGCAGAAGCGCAGGCGCACCAUGCCACCAUUACGGACUUCCAGGUCAGUGGCCCUUAUAACAUGACUAAAGAGUUCAGUGAUGAUCAACAUGGAAAAGCUGGGCUUAAACUGACCUGGACACCACAACCCAGUGACGUGGAUCGAGUUGUUCCAGUCUGCUUCACUGCCGAGACAAAUGAAUCUCAAUCAGAGAUGAGGUGUGUUGCAGUUGUGGUGAGCGAACCGACGCCCUUCCAUGGUAAAACAGAAGUGACGUGCAUGGCAGACAAGAUGAUGGUUGCCAUUGAGAGAUCUACAUUGCCUGAUGUGGAUGUAAACUAUAUCUCGCUUAUGGAUCCGUCAUGCUUGGUCACUUAUAAUGAUACUCACAUCAUGGGAUCAAUGAUGUUCGGCAACUGUGGCACCACAUUUGAGGAAUCAGACAACUACAUAUUCUUCAAGAAUCAAAUCCAAACAUUACGCAAGCCUGAUCAAGUUGUAAUCCGAAGAAAGUCAGUGAAGAUCAGCUUUUCUUGCCAGUUCCCCAAAACCGCCAGCAUCUCGUCCAGUUACAAUGUCCAGAAGUCCAACUACGUUUUCAGCGACUCUGAACUGGACAGCUUCAGUUAUUCUUUCGACGUGUAUACUGAUGGCAACUUCACAGCUAAAGUGCAGCCCAAUGCCUAUCCAGUGGAAGUUGAGUUUCUACAAAAGAUCUUUUUAGGCAUCAAGGCUGACUCAGAACUAGCCAAUGUGAGUUUCUUUGUGGAGUCAUGCAAAGCCACCCCGGAUGACAACCCAGACAACGCCGUCUUCUAUGACCUUAUCAAGGAAGGAUGUCUGAAAGAUGAGUCUCUAAAAGUCCAAGCAGUUGAUUCAAUGACAUUCCACAUGGAGGUUGAAGCCUUCAGAUUUGAUGGAAGCAAUGAUCAGGUGUACAUUACCUGCACUGUCCUCAUCUGCGACGACAACAAUCCGUUCUCCAGAUGUGCCAUGGGAUGUCAAAACGAGGCGUUCCGCAGACGCAGGAGAUCAGUGGGUGUGCAGUCCUCUGUCCAGUCCCUCAUGCAGGGUCCGUUCCAGUUUGUCUACGAGGCUCUUCCGAUUGCUAAUGUAAACCACGAGGAUGUCAUGAUGAAGGUAGCUGAUGCUGAGGAGAUGAAGGCCGCCGAACGGGUGAAGAUUGCUGAGCCAGAGAACAAUGCUCUGAUGAAAAAGAGUGACAUGCUUGUGCCAGAAACCCAAGGACACAUGGCAAUCAAGGAGCUGCUCAGCAGCAACAUCAGCACUGGGCUCUUUGCUGCGGCGUGCUCUUUGUCCGUAGUCCUGUUGGCGGCCGUUGUCGUCUAUUACAAUCGAAAGAGCAAAGAAGACGACCAGAAGCCUCUUCUGCGUGGAUACUGAAUGGGAUAACUGAAUCCUGCUAUCGAUAAUUUAUGUCCUUUUAGUCUAACUUUCAUUUUACAAACUGAUUCAAAUUCUGAUAAUGGAGAAAAUGGAUGGAUGGAUGGAGCCACAUUAUUGUCUUUUUCAAAAUAUUUUACAUGCAUUAUCUUUGAUGGUGGAUGAUUUGACACAGGCCUGGAUUUUUUGGAAGCUGGACAUGAACUAACAAAAGUUUUUCACAGUAAAGUCAAGUAUUUUAGGGCGAACUUUCCCAUUUAUACAAAUUCAGAAAGUUGAUAAAUGACGAUAUAAUAACGAUUGUUGUAGAUACAUCAUGCAGUACUUAGAAUUGAAUGACAUAGUUUCUGCCUCCAAAUUGGUUGAUAUCGGCCUAUUUCUUGAAAUGGGCAUACAGCGCAGUGUUCCCUCGCCACUUCACAGUAAAGUUUUACUACAUUGUUGUACCAUUUUAUACCAAACUACAUAGGGUUUAGAGCAGGGGUCUCAAACUCAAUUCACCUGGGGGCCACUGGAUGCAGAGUCCGGGUGAAGCUGGGCCGCAAGAAAAGAAAAUAUUGCAGCGUCCCGGAAAGGGUUCUGGGUAUUUGUUCUGUUGUGUUUAUGUUGUGUUACGGUGCGGAUGUUCUCCGGAAAUGAGUUUGUCAUUCUUGUUUGGUGUGGGUUCACGGUGUGGCGCAUAUUUGUAACAGUGUUAAAGUUGUUUAUAUGGCCACCCUCAGUGUGACCAAGUAUGCCUGGCAUUCACUUGUGUGUGUGAAAAGCCGUAUAUAUUAUGUGACUGGGCCGGCAUGUAAAGACAGUGCCUUUAAGGUUUAUUGGCGCUCUAUACUUCUCCCUACGUCCGUGUACCACUCCGAAAAGUCAUAAAUUUAACUUUUUGCAACUGAUACCGAUAAUUUCCGAUAUUAAUUUUUAAAGCAUUUAUCGGCCGAUAAUAUCGGCAGUCCGGUAUUGUCGGACAUCUCUACAAAAAACGGUUUGAAUUGGUCUAGGUCAGUGGUUCCCAACCUUUUUGUAUCCGCGGACCAGUCAAUGCUUAAUAAUUUGUCCCGCGACCCGGGUGAAGGGGGAAUCCUUUUUUUUUUUUUUUUUUUUUUUCUUUGUUAUGAAAAAGGGAGGUUUUUGUCAUGAAAAAGGGAGGUUUUUGUGGUUGGUGCACUAAUUGUAAGUGUAUAUUGUGGGGUUUUUUUUUUAAAUAAAAAUGAAUAAAAAAUUAUUCUGCGGCCCGGUACAUAUCGGGCCACGGCCCGGUGGUUGGGGACCACUGGUCUAGGUUAUCGGGGACUGUUAUUACUGAAGGACAGGUGUCGCGGUGUGACUGCAGCCAGGCACGUAAGAAUACCCUUGUCUCCAUGGCAACAUCUCUGUCGCAUUUGCCGCUUUUCCACUAAUGCAGGGGUAGGCAACCCAGAAUGUUGAAAGAGCCAUUUUGGAGCCAAAUAACACAACGCUGUCAAGCGCCAUUCAUAUAAAACUUGUGGGCCGCACUAACAUGAGACUUUCAUAUUAAGGUGGGGGCCGCAAAAUACCGUCUCGCAGGCUGCAAUUGGCCCGUAGGCCGCAUGUCUGAGACCCCUGGUUUAGAGUGUAUAAGGUGUUUUAAAAGCAUUGGAAGUGUUUAAAAGUGUGUAAAAGUUUGUGGAGUGUGUGGAUGCCUUAUAAAGUUAAUACAUGCAUAUAAUAUUAAUACAAAUUACAAAUUGAAGAGCAUGUCUACUUAGCAGAACUCCACUUAACACUGGAAUGCAACCCCCGUGAUAAUCGAGGGAACACUGUAUAAUUAAAGAAACAACCGCGUUAUCUGAAAAUCAACUGAUGACAAAGCCAUUUGAAAAAAAUAAAAAAAUUAAAGUUUUAUGCUGAAACACAUAAAAUUACACUUUUAUGUCUGAAUAGAAGAUUAGAACCUAAGAGGCCACGGAUCACCUUUCAAGCUAUUUUUAUAAAAAUACCUAUUUUACCUCUUUUUGUCUGACUGACUAGACUGACUGUUUUUGUUUUGUUUUUCAUCAGCAUACAAACAUCUUACUCCUUACUCAUCGUGCAGGUCAAUGUCAUCAUUCUAAGUCUUUAUUUCCUGUGUCUCUACACCAGAUCUGGGCAAAUUAAGGACCGGGGGCCACAUGAGGCCCUUUAAAUUUAUCAAUCUGGCACGCCGGACAUUCCCAAAUAAUUUUUUUAGAUAUUUAAGAUGGAAAGAAAAACUGCCAUUAUGAUGGGCAGCAAUGUUUUCUAACGACCAUAAGUCUUGAACUAUACAAAAGUAUUUCUAUGGUUGGAAUUUGCGCUUAUGGAUGUUAUACCAGUUACUAUGGUAAUCUAAUUAGUUACUAUCAUCUAAUUAGUUACUAUGGUAAUGUAAGUCACAGCAGCUCAGACGAGGCAUCAAGCAGUGUGGGCUGGAAGCGUUUCCACAGACGCAGAAGGAGAUUUUCACAACAAAGUUCUAAAGCUUAGUGAUGUAUCAGAUUUUAGGUGGGUUUAUUGUGUACCCUUCGCGUUCAUAUUUCACUGUUUGUUGCAUUUUUGUUGCGUUUCACUUGAUUGUAAAAAGUGUCUCUCGAAAGGGGGUGUGACGUUCAUAUUUCAGUGUUUUAUCCUUCAUAGAAAAAUUUAAAAUUCCAUUAUGUUUUUUAGGGCGGUCUGUCAUAUUGUUUUUAUCAUUCAAUCAGACAUUACUGUGAGGAUUUGUAUUAGUGUUCAUAAAAACAGACACAUCUUUUUCUCUUAAUGUGGCCUCCGAGUCAAAAUAAUUGCCCAGGCCUGCUAUACACUGUUUACAAACAUAUAUAUGCAGAAAUCAAAAAAUAAAGUGCUUAAAAAUCUUUCUCCUUA